GCAGAAGAACGCAUGCGGUGUGCUAGCAGUGCACAGUUAGCUCUGCUGUUCUGCAGUGGGGUAAUACUGACCAGACUUUUACCUGGUGGCUUAUGAGAGCCCUUUGAAAGCCAGACCUUGUGCAUGCAAUAGCAACUUGUUUCCACCUUCUGUUAGCCAGAUGUUGCUUUUGUUCUUUGGCGCAUAGGAGGCAUUAUCUUGAAAAGACUUUUGGGCAAAUGUUCCCAGUUGUGAGCUGUCACUAUUGUUGCACUCGUCUUCAGAAAAAUCGCCCAGAAAUGAAGACAUCUUUUUCCAUCCUGUGGCUUACCUUCCAUUUAAACAUCCAUUGGCAGAGCACAUGAUUUUAAACUUGAAGAUGCUUGAAAUACCUGGGUACUUAAUUACAAAAACUUUGCUUGAAAUUGAAAUAUUAAUAUUUUGAUAACUUAAAGCUUUUCUCUCUUCAGAAUCUUUCAGGCAUUAGGUUUUGGUGGUCUGUGACUCCAGAAGACUAGGACGAAAAACAGAUGCCAGAUAGGUCAACCCUGGGUUGCUUAGCCAAAGCAUUAAGUAAAAAAACUCUUCAUUUCUUACUCGUAUUGCUUUGACUUCAAUCCUGCAAGAAAGUAAAAGUCAGAGCAGCCUUGCGAAGGUACAUAGCAAACACUUGGUGGUUUAAAGUAGAUGUGUCCACUCCUUCAAAGCCUAAUGCACCUGGGUAGCAGAUUGUGGUGAAAGUGUCUAACAAAUUUGAAAUCUCUGAUCAUAAUUUGUGCUGAAAAGUAUAUUUCUGACUUCACCCAGAUUUGCAUUGGGUUGUUUGAAGCACAUACUCCAAUAUCACUGUCAAAGAAGCUACAGGUGGGUUUUGUGCCGUCUCAUUUGUGACUUCAGCCUUUCUCCUGUUCUGUGAGUGCUCUCAAAUUCUACUUUUGAAAUUGUAUACAACCUGUGGAAGCUGGUUGCUUACACAGCUAAACGUAGGUGAAAUCUGCUCCGAAGCUUAAAAUAUUCUUUGGCCUUUCACAGUAGUUACGCAAAUAUGGGUGAAAGUGUUAUCUAGAGGAUGCGUUUUGCUGUUUUACUUCCCAUUUAAAGUGCAGAAUCAUGGUGAAGCCUGAUUGCCUGCUAUGCUCCUACUAAGUUCCUCUAAAAAGCAGAUAAGUUUCCAAGGUACAGUUCAGAAUUCCUUUUUCAUGCUUAUAUGAGUUUAGAAACUUGCAAAAAAGAAAGUUAAGCAUCGUAGUAAAUGAUACUUCUGCUCAGUAUUCUAUGAAACUGAUUUCAAAACCAAUAUGUGACUUAAUAUGGUAACAGUAUUAAUGUAUUGCUUUGGCAUCCUUUCACAGUCUUGAGAAAGAUGAAAGCGGGUGGUAUAAAGGGAAAGAGGCUGUAGACCAGAACAUGGUAAAGGACCAGCCAGGCUGGUGUCCUUUCUGGAAUGCCAGGUGUCUCAUGUGAGGGUUUGAGAAAAUGUUAAUCCACAGGAAUGUAUAACUGUGGCCCUUAUGUUGAUCUUACUGUAUUCUCUACCAUUAGAAUCUUCAGUUACGGAAAAUCAAAUAUUUCUUCAAAAAAUACCAUUAGCAGGUCUAGAUGCUUGAGAUCCAUAAGAUUAUCUAGUUCCUGUGCCAGUCAUGCGCUUGUGGCCCUAAUCCCCUGCAAAGAAUGUCUAUUAUUUCAUUGCUUGUGAAAAUGUAUGCCUUCUAGCACUUCUGAGUGUCUUAACCUUGUCUCACCGAGUACUGUCUUACCUUUUGUUAUGAGACCCGGAAAACAGACCCCAGUCUACAGUCUAGCAUUAGCCUGUUUCUUGUUUUACAGACUUAUUUUACUUACUGGCCUGCAGUCUUGCCCCCUGAGGCACCUGCAUUUGCAGUCUGUAGCAUAACAAUUUGGGGUCUUCCCCCCAUUUGGUUUUCUAGGUCUUUAUUAUUAUUUAGUUAGUUAGUUGGGGUUUUUUCCUAGUUAUUAUUUAGUUCAGCUGUGGUCUUGGGUUGGGUUGGUGCAGGCUGAGGUGCCAGUCAGGGCUUGAAACAAAUUCCUGGGUGUGUUCCUGCCCUGCGUGGAGGGUUGUGCUCACCCACCGUCCAGAAGCGGCUCACCAGGGCUCACCGACCAAGGGGCUUGCCCUGGGGACACAGGGAUGUGCCCAGUCACCACCAUGCUGGGGUGGGGACAGGCAGGAUCAGGGACAGGCUGGCUUAUGAGUUUAUUGAAGUAAAGCUGUCGCUGGCUUAUAGAGAUGGUCAGGUUUGGAGGGAGGGGGGAUUACUAGGAGGGUGAGAUUCACUGAAAGAUUCUUGCUUGACACAGAAAAGUCCUUUAGAAAGGUGAAAUCACAUGAUCCUUUUUUUUUUUUUUUUUUUUUUGUGGCUUACAGUCUCAUUCAAAGAGCUGUAGAAGGGCCAGCAAGAGCUUACUUUGCAGCAACAUGUUGCUGGUAGUUGGUAACACUAGGUGCUGUGUCCUUCCCUUCCUGAGCAAGCGAUGCACAUUUUACCAGUCUUCAGUACUCUAAUGAUUUCUGGCUUAGGUUCAAUUUUUACUUUAAGUACUCCCUUUUGCUGUUUCUGGUGCAGCAGCUGUUUUUGAUCCAUGAUGGUAUGUUCUUGGCGGCAGUUCAGGCAUGUGAGAUGCUCUGCUCUCCCACCUGACUUCUUUUUGAGUGAUGGGCUUUGUACCCCUCUCUGUGGGGUUGGUAUGGGAGAGCUUCAUCCUUGCCCCUGGAAAAGGGUAUGCUGGGAUGGAGCCCUCCUCUGCCCCAGCCUUCUGGGUGCUGAAGGCUGACACUAUCAGCUGUUCCAGCUGUGCCUGCAGAACUUGUCCAGCUAUUGCAGCAGUCCCACUUCUCCUACGACCAGCCAGGUGCCUGACUUCCAGCUAAUGUGUCUGGCACUUCGGCAAGGAUGUUGGUGUUUCGUUUGUUAGUGGUGAUCAAGCUUUUCUUCCAGCUGGAUGCAUCUGUUUGUCCCGAGAAGUGCAACUGCUCUUCAAAAAAUGCAAUUCAUUGCUCUGGUCCUCACAUAAAAGACCUGGAAUCAUUAAAUCUGCCUUGCAACAUGACAGAAAUUUACAUAAUGGACACAAAUGUAGCAUACUUGCAGGAUGAGUUUUCUAGAAUGGUGGAACUGCAGCAUCUCAUCUUGUCUUCGAACAACAUCUCUGUGAUUUCACCAAUGGCUUUUAAAGGCUUGAGAAGGCUAAAAGCCCUCAAGCUGCUAGAUAAUAAGCUGGUUGAACUUCCCCCAGAAGUGUUCGAUGACAUGGUGCAGCUUCAGCAGCUGAUCAUUGAAAAUAACAGGUUGAAAUCCAUCACAGAAAACCUGUUUGACAAACUAGCUGGUUUGGAGGAGCUUUUCUUGAACAAAAACCAACUAAGAGCACUUCCUAGUGGCAUGCUGAAGAAACUCGCCAAACUCAAAGUACUGAACUUGUCGAGAAAUUAUUUGGCAGCACUGCCUCGAAAUAUAUUCAGUGCAUUAACCAGGCUCGAGAAGCUGAUGCUGUAUUUUAACAGGCUGUCUUCAAUAGAGUCUGGUAUGUUUGACAGCCUGAAGGGGCUGCUGGAACUCUUCCUGCACUCCAAUAACAUCCAGUCCAUCGCCCCUGGUGCGUUUCAUUGUCUUGAGAAACUGAGAAUCCUAACGCUUUCCAGAAACAAGCUUGAAGUUUUGCCUCCUGGGCUCUUUCUGCACUUACAUGAUCUGUCUAAAUUGACCUUGUACAGGAACCCACUGAAGUCUCUUCCAGAAGUAUUGUUUGGGGAGAUGAGGCAUCUUGGUAGCCUGUGGCUGUAUCACACAAAGCUCUCAACAAUACCAAAUUUUGUGUUCAGUAACUUGACAAAUUUAGAGCUUCUUGUGCUGAGUUUUAAUCCAGAGCUUAGUGUUCUUCCUAAGAAUGUGUUCAGUGGUCUGAACGAACUGCGGGGCCUUUCUCUGCAUACAAACAAUAUUUCCAGUUUGCCAGAGGACAUCUUCCUGAGCCUUCAGAAACUGCAGAACAUUUCCCUUUUUGAUAACAGCCUCGAGGUUCUUCCUAGAAACCUCUUUCACAAUCUCAAGCAUCUUCAGAAAGUUUACCUGAACAGUACUAAGCUGCAGUCUCUCCCUGGAGACUUCUUCACCGCUUCACCUGAGCUGCAAGAAGUCUGCCUUGAUGACAACCCUUGGAAAUGUGAUUGCCAAAUUCUUGGUUUCCGAGACUGGCUCCAAAGGAGCUUGCAGAUAGUUAAAAAUGUGCCCUCUCUGACAUGUCACAGCCCACUGGCACUGCAGAGUGUUUCUGUGGUGGCUCUGACAGCUGAUCACCUGAAGUGCCUGCCAGCCACUGCUGGUACGUACCCAGCAUUCAGCUCGGCUUACUCCCGGACGUCGACUUCCCUUGUGAUGGAGCAUUUAAUGUCGUCUUGGGACACAGAUACCAGCACACCCACAUCAAUUCCUCCAGGUGUUACCUAUUCUUAUGUCAAAGACGCUGCACAGCCUACAUUUCGUUUCUCAGAAGUUCCAACCCAAACCUAUCCCAGCAUCGUCGUACAAACCAGCAGUGUCAGGGGAACGGAUUUAACUACUCUGGCCUGGUGGGAAGAGUUGUCAGCCCACAGGAGUGCUAAACCCUAUUUUAAUGCCAGAGUUUCUUAUUGUCAGCUAUUCUUGUACCUUCACGGUUUGAUUUUAGCCCUCCAGACGGUAACCAUUGUGCUCGGUGUGUAUGUGAUGGGUAAAACCAGGCAACUCUUGCGCUCCAGAAAUGCUCCUGCUCGGCCUGUAGUUCUGAUAAAAUUUUUAAGAAGAUAGAGAAUACCAGCCAAAGGGAGGAUUAAAAGCGUUGUUUUGGAUGCAUUUGGGGGGUUUGGGCAGUUGACACUUGAUUCAGACAUGGAUUACAAACCUUCAUAGCAAGAACCAUAAAGACCUCGUCUUUAUGGCUAAAGGCAUAAUGAAAAUGUGCUUUUAUGCACCUUACAACCACUUUUGGCAGACACUGUAAUCACUGUAUAUUGCUACAGCAUUGGUGCAUGAACCUGGAGAACGAGCUGAAAGAAAAUCUGUGGUCACCUCUGCACGUGUACUACUGGUGUCCUGCUUUGGACUGCAGCCCUGUCCCUGCCAGACCCCACUGCUGCCGUGCUCGCGCCGCUCAGGUGGAGGUGGCAUCAGCGCGGGGAAGCCUACAUAGGAACACGGCUUUAACCACGCUUGGAAGGUUGCCCAUAGUACUUCAAAUGCUAUUAUGCCUUAUGCUGCCUGCAGUGUUUUGUCUCCUUAUUGAGAAAAUAAAUGGUGUUUUGGGGAGGAGAUGCUUUGAAAGGGGGGGGGGGGGGGGGGGGGGGGCGCAGAAUGGUAUGGCACAGGUGGUGUCUUUUUUUGCUGUCUGUCCUCAGCCUCUUUGCAGGGCAUAUCAGGAGAAAGGGGUACCAUUUCAAGCUAACAGUGCUUUCCUCUAGCUUAACCAGAGAAAGAUCGUUAAGAUGCUGGGCUGGGAAAUGUAAUCUCUAUGUAUUUUGUUGUUUGGGUUUUUUUCGGGGAAACUUUGUAAAGUUAGUACAACUCUGAAUUUUAUGUGAACGCUUUCAUCCUUAAACUUUGACCAGUGGUCUGAAAAGCAAGGCGUUACUCGCUGCAAGAUGUAGUGAGCCUUGAAACCAGAGCACGGGGCAGAUGCCCAGGACUGAGCCUUGGCUCCACAGGAGCAUAGCUGGUUUGAGAACUGGUCUUGACUGAGCUGGGAAAGAAAGGGAUGGUCUCUCCUGGGCUUGGCUAGCAAAACAUAGGUGUGUAGCAAAGUGGCAAGGAGCCUGCCUGAGCUGAGGGCCCUUGAAGUGUCACCGCCACCUUUGAAGUUGGCUGAGGAAGGUAUGCAUUGCCAUCAAGCUGCAGCAUGCAGUAGCGUAUUCAGCCUGGGUGGUUUUAUUUUUUCUUACUACGUAGUAUUACUCCCUGACUUCCAGCCCUUUCAAGUGUUGAUAUGCAAAGGCAACUAGGAGGCAAGAAUAUGGGGUUUGAAAUGUUUGUUAAUAAUUUGAAAGAUAUUAAUCUGUCAGACUGCAUGUGCUUUGGUAACUCUUGUAUGUAACUAUUAGCUUUUAUCUUAAUUGUGUGACUUAGCUUGUUCUUAAAAGCUCUGACAUUGUGCUCAAAAGCCUCUGGGUGUGCUUCCCCAGCUCCUUGGGCAGGAGACCCGAUACUCCGGGAGUCCUUUCGCAGCCUUACUGACUUUCUAACUAUUGAGGUCUUUCCUGGACGGCCUUGAAAAAUGGCACAUUAUAAGGCUGAGGUGAAGAGAGCUUGCAUUUACUGCGGGUUUGUGGCUUGUUCCCUGCUGUGUGUUAGUCUGGGCAAUGAGAAUAAACUGUAGUCUACU